UUUCGCCCACGUGGCUCUGGGCCUCCGUAGCCACUGGGGAAAGAUGGCGGUUGCUCCGGAUGUUCUUGUCCGAAUCUGCGCGCAAGAAAUCAUCAAAUAUGAUCUGGAAAUAAAAGCGCUGGUCCAGGAUAUCAGAGACAGUACUGGACCCUUGAGCAUACUCACAGAAUUAAAUGCUAAAGUGAAAGUAAUGUUUCAGCAACUCCGACUUCGAAUACAGGACUUAGAACAGAUGGCAAAGGAACAAGACAAAGAAUCUCAUAAACAAACUCUGCUGGCUGAAGUAGAGAAUCAUCGCAAGCAAAUGUUAAGCAACCAAACAGCUUGGCGAAAAGCAAACCUAGCCUGCAAGCUUGCUAUGGACAAUUAUGAAAAAGAUGAAUUGCUGCAUAGUGGUGAUUCUUCAAUUCGGCAACGAAAGAUGACGAAGGAAGGCUUGGUACAGACUGCAAGCAGCAUUACGGAGAGUUUGAUGAGUAUCAGUAGGAUGAUGUCACAACAAGUGCAGCAGAGUGAAGAGUCAGUGCAGACACUAGCAACAUCAUCAAGGACUGUUCAGGAGACAAAUGAAGAAUUUAAAAAUAUGACUGGCACCAUUCAGCUGGGGCGCAAGUUGAUUACAAAGUAUAAUCGUCGAGAGUUGACUGACAAGCUGCUUAUUUUCCUAGCUUUGGCACUGUUUUUGGCAACAGUCGUAUAUAUUUUAAAGAAGCGCCUGUUUCCUUUCUUAUAGAGUUAGAAUAAGAGGCAUGUGUCAAGUAGGAAUUGAAAUUGGGAACACCUUUAAAUAAUCCGGGGCAUAACAAAACCAAUUGUAUUAAAUUUAUUUAUGAAUUAAAAUGCAAACCCAUUGAGAAAACCUUAAGUAAUUUCUUGUUUUAAGUUUAUUAAUUAGAACUUAAUUGGGAUAAUAAUUGGCUCUAGAAACCAAAGCAUAAUUAUUUGCAACUUGAGAUAUUUUGUGUUUUUCCCUUUAGCUCUAUGCCGUCACUAAAUUGGCAGGAGCAUUUGUCCGAGAGUUCAUAUCUGUGGCAACCUUAAAGGAGCUAAAAUUUGAGUGAUACAACGUUUUUGUUAAUAAUAUGUACCAUAUUGUACUUUGUUGACCCAGCUGAAUUUGUUGAAUUCUAAGGAAUCUACUUAACAUUUAAGUAUUGAAAAGGAUUACCCAUACUGUAACUGUUUCAUGCCUUUUAUACUAUGAAUGUAGUCCAGACAGUUUCCAGCAUUUUGUUAUUCAUAAACAAAUAAUCUUUUUUGACUGAAUGGGACCAAAAGAUGUUGCAGAAGUCCCUAUGCUAAUGCUAUAUAAAUCUAUUUUGUAACCUCUGUUCAUAUUUAAUGUAGUUAUUUUGGCCUGUGUUAGAGUUGUGGGAAAAUCUGUAUGUGGGUGCAUUUGCAUGUAUAAAACAUGCACUGUUUAAAUAUAUGUGGAUAACAUGAUUAAUCUAUUUAACUUGAAUAUUUGAGGAUUUUGACUGGACUGUAAACUAAAAAUUAUGACUAAAACAUUUAUAUUCAAAUUGUCAAAGUAAAACUUAAGGAAAAAUGUCUUUCUCUUGUCUGAUAAAGCACCUUUUAAUGGAUCUAAUUCAGGGUUUGUCUGCAUGUGUAACGCAGGUAAUAGCUUAUAUUCGUUUUAUACCAUAUUUAUGUCUUAUUUGAAUUCUUGUUCCUUAUUUAAACUUGUGUGUCUUUGAAAGGAUCAACAAAAUACCUAGAAGCUGGAAGAUCAAUUUCCUGCACUUGCCCCACAUCCUUGAAUGUUACGAUAUUUGAAAAGCCCAUCCAAAUUUUUUAAAAGUUGAGAGAUUUCUGGCCUCUACUGCCUUCCCAGCUAAUGUAUUCCAGACUCCUAUCAUGUAUAGAGUGCAAAAGCUUUUUUCCACAAAUCCCAUCAAUCUCCUGCCCCUUACCUUAAAACUAUGUUCACUUGUGAUUGACCCCUCAACCAAGGGGAAAUAGCUGCUCUCUUCUCAUUCAGUUCAUACCUCUCAUAAGAUUAUAUACCCCAAUCAUGUCCCCUGUCAGUCUUGAAACAAAACAGUCUAAGCCUAUCUUGUCUCUUCUUAUAGCUCAAUUGCACAAUUCCUGGCAACAUCCUGGUGAGCCUCCUAUGUAGCCCCUCUAGUGCUAUCACAUUCUUCCUUUAGUGAGGUUUGUAAAAUUGCAUACAGUACUCCAGUUGCUGCCUAACCAAUGCCCUGCACAACUCUCAUUACCUCCUUGCUCUUAUUUGCUAUGUCAUGAUUGUUGAAAGCAAGUGUCCUAUAUGCUUUCUUAAAUAUCCUAUUCACUUGUCUGCCAACUUCAGGGAUCUAUGAAUAAUUACCCCAAGAUUUCUCUGUUUCUCUAAGCUACCUGCUAUCCUGCCAUUUAUUAAAUACUCGCUCAUCUUGUUUCUUCUUCCAAAGUGCAUCACCUCACAAUUAUCGGGGAUAAAUACCAUUUGCCACUGGUCUGCCUCUGACCAACCCAUUUAUAUUUUCCUAUAACUGACAAUCAUGUUCUUCACUCGUAACCACUCUACCAAUCUUGGUGUUGUCUGCAAAUUGCUCAAUAUUCUCCCAACAUUUUCAUCUAUGUCAUUUAUGUAUAUAACAACAAUAAGGGCCCCAGUAUUGUUGUACACCACUUGACACGAUCUCCAGGCUUCAACUACUACUCUUUGUGUCCUAUUACUAAGCCAGUUUUGAACCAUCUUGACAAGUGUUCCUCAGUUCCAUGUGCUGUAACCUUCUCAGUCUCAAAUGUGGGACUUUGCCAAAAGCCAUGUAAACGACAUAAACUGAACUUCCCUCAUCCCCACAUGUUAAAAAAAUUCGAACAAAUUUGAUCAGCGUGACCUUCCUUUAACAAAACCAUGCAGACUACCCCCAGUUUUUCCAUGCCUUUCCAAGUGGGUAUUAAUUCGCUCCUUCAUAAUUUUGUCCAGAAGUUUCCCUACCACUGACAUGAGACACACUAAUUUCCUGGUUCAUCUCUACCACCCUUCUUGAAAAGUGGAACCACAUUAGCCAUCCUCCAGUUCUCUGGCAAUUCCACCAUGGCCAGAAAGGAAUUAAAAAUUGUUGUCAGAGCCCUUGCAAUUAGUUGAUGAGGCUACAUUAGUCCAAUAUCUCCCCAUUACAAACUGUGCAAGUUCGUCAUAGUCCCCUUUCCUGAAAUCUGUACCACUGUUCUCCUUUUCCGGAAUGAAGAUCGAAGAGAAGUAGUCAUUUAACGUGAGGAUGAGUUCUUUUAGAGGAUUGUGCAUUUGUAGAAUUCUUUACUCCAGUGGACUGUUAAGAGCCUUAAGCAUAUUCAAGGGUGAGUUAUAGGGAAAACAGGAAGGUGAAGGUGAGUGUUAUCUGGUCAGGCAUGAUCACAUUGAAUGGCAUACUUCUGCUUUAAAUCAUCUGAUUUUAUGGAAUUUUUACAUUGGUAUAUAGCAGUCAUUAUGUUAAAAUGAUUUAAAGUUAGAGUCUAUCUGCUGAAGCAACUUUAGUAGCCUCUUCAAAGACCCAUAAGUUAUCCAUUAGUGGAAAUUCAGAAUGGUGAUUAUUCACUGUAGAAUACUGGUCAGUUUUUUGGGCAGGGUCAGCUUCUUGCAUGCCUUUUUAACUUGUGUAAAUAAUUACAAAAGCUUGAUUUGUAAUGGACUUAUUUAAGCUUGAAAUUUCUUGAUUCUUCUGUGCUAGUCAAUUGGUUAAAAUGAAUUUUACAAAAAAAAUGUAGAGCCAUGUGAAAUUCCUGCCUGUUAAUAUCCCUUUGAAUUUGUUGGUUGUAUUUUGUUUGAUUCAGUUCAUUCACUGCUUAACUAUUGUCCAAAUGAAACUCAUACAAGAGUUUUCGAAAUAUCCUCUGUACGUUUUAUUAGGCCUGUAAAUUGUACAAAGAACUCCUAACCUUGCCAACCUGUUACAGGCAGGAUAGAAAUAUGCACUUUAAUUGACAAUUAUUUGGUUAGAAGUCACAUGAUGCCAGGUUAUAAUCCAACAGAUUUAUUUGAAACGGCAAACUUUUGGAGCAUUGCUCCUUCAAGUCAGGUGAAGUUCCAAAAUUUUGUGGUUUCAAAUAAACCUGUUGGACUAUAACCUGGCGCAGUGUGACUUCUGACCUGGCCCACACUAAUCCAUCACCAGCACCUCCACAUCAUGAAAUUUGUCAGAAUGAUAAAUUUCUGUUUCUAUACUUAAAGAAUAUAUCUCUCCCAGGAAAUGUGACAUCUGGAAUUAGAUUCAGAUUUAACGUGAUUUAAAACAUUUCAUAUUAAUGUGUACAGCAACUUAAAAUGUCAAAUAUUUGAAAAUGAACUUAUUCCUAGAAAGACAUCAGCUUUUGGAAUAGCUUUUUGAUACUGCUAAUUUGAAGGAUACUGCACUCUAAUGCUGUAGCAGAAGGGAAUGUUGAUCUUUUAAAUAAAGCUGUCGUGAGACUUGGCAGAAUUGAGCAUAACAAAUGUAGUUGCUGAAAAGCCAAGGAAAAUAUUUUUGUGUGAGGUUUGUUUUCCAUUAAACUGAGAUAUACCUGACGAAAAUGACAUCAUUGGUGAUAAGAUGGCAUGUGCCCCUGUGUUUCUUUGAUGAUAGCCAGCAUUAGUCUUAUCAGAAAUCCUUUUCUGAGCCCCAACAAUCACGGAAGAAGGCAAAUAUAUAACAUUAUCUG